GUGAAACUGACGAUUCUUGGCAGGAAAUAAAUCCUAGAAAAAAGACUAAAAGAUCAAACAAUGUUGAAAUGCCUACGGUUAUCCUAGGGAGCAAUCAUCGCGAUCCGCAACCUUCUACUUCUAGAGAUGCAAACAUCAUACCAAAAAAGAACAACGUCAGUCCACUAUUGAUGAAGUCAUCGAUGAAGUUAUAGCUCAGUUUUGUCUUAUA